UGGAGCCCGAGCGCAGAAGCGGACGGGCCGGGCCGGGAUGGUGCAGCGGCGGCUCCGCGGCGCGCGCACGCACUGAGCGGGCCCGGGCUGGGCCUCGCGUCCCCCGAGCCCCCCGCGCCCCCCGCCGCCCCGGCCCGGGCCGGCAUGAUGUGCCUGGAAUGCGCCUCGGCGGCGGCGGGCGGCGCGGAGGAGGAGGAGGCGGACGCCGAGCGGCGGCGCCGGCGCCGGGGGGCGCAGCCAGGGGCUGGAGGUAGCGCUUGCUGCGGGGCGCGGGGUGUUGGGGGCGCUGGAGUCGUGUCCGCCGACGAAGAGGUGCAGACGUUGUCCGGCAGCGUGAGGCGGGUCCCGUCCGGACUCCCCAGCAUCCCCAGCACCCCUGGCUGCGCAGCAGCUGCCAAGGGCCCCAGCGCGCCGCAGCCCAAACCGGCCAGCUUAGGCCGAGGGCGGGGGGCAGCUGCUGCCAUCCUGAGUUUAGGCAACGUGCUCAACUACCUGGACAGGUACACUGUGGCAGGUGUUCUUCUGGACAUCCAGCAGCACUUUGGGGUCAAGGACCGGGGCGCCGGCUUGCUGCAGUCAGUGUUCAUCUGCAGCUUCAUGGUGGCUGCCCCCAUCUUUGGCUACCUGGGCGACCGCUUCAAUAGAAAGGUGAUCCUCAGCUGUGGCAUCUUCUUCUGGUCUGCUGUCACCUUCUCGAGUUCUUUCAUCCCUCAGCAGUACUUCUGGCUACUAGUCCUGUCCCGAGGGCUAGUAGGUAUUGGUGAAGCCAGCUACUCCACCAUAGCACCCACCAUCAUUGGCGACUUGUUUACCAAGAACACACGCACAUUGAUGCUAUCUGUCUUCUAUUUUGCCAUCCCCCUGGGCAGUGGCCUGGGCUAUAUCACAGGUUCCAGCGUGAAGCAGGCAGCUGGAGACUGGCAUUGGGCCCUGCGGGUUUCCCCCGUCCUGGGCAUGAUCACAGGAACACUCAUCCUCAUCUUGGUCCCAGCCACUAAGAGAGGCCAUGCUGAUCAACUUGGGGGGCAGCUCAAAGCACGGACCUCCUGGCUUCGAGACAUGAAGGCCCUGAUCCGAAACCGCAGUUACGUCUUCUCCUCCCUGGCCACAUCCGCUGUGUCCUUCGCCACAGGGGCCCUGGGCAUGUGGAUUCCCCUCUAUCUUCACCGUGCUCAAGUUGUACAAAAGACAGCAGAGACUUGCAACAGCCCGCCCUGUGGAGCCAAAGACAGCCUCAUCUUUGGAGCCAUUACCUGCUUUACUGGCUUCCUGGGCGUAGUCACGGGCGCGGGAGCCACUCGUUGGUGCCGCCUGCGGACUCAACGUGCUGACCCAUUGGUGUGUGCUGUGGGCAUGCUGGGAUCCGCCAUCUUCAUCUGCCUCAUCUUUGUGGCUGCCAAGACCAGCAUUGUAGGCGCUUAUAUCUGCAUUUUUGUUGGAGAGACACUGCUGUUUUCUAACUGGGCCAUCACUGCAGACAUCCUCAUGUAUGUGGUCAUCCCCACUCGGCGAGCCACUGCUGUGGCCCUGCAGAGCUUCACCUCCCAUCUGCUGGGGGACGCUGGAAGCCCCUACCUCAUUGGCUUUAUCUCGGACCUAAUCCGCCAGAGCACCAAGGACUCCCCGCUCUGGGAGUUCCUGAGCCUGGGCUAUGCCCUCAUGCUGUGCCCUUUUGUCGUGGUCCUGGGUGGCAUGUUCUUCCUUGCCACUGCUCUCUUCUUCCUCAGCGACCGUGCCAAGGCUGAGCAGCAGGUGAACCAGCUGGUGAUGCCUCCUGCAUCCGUGAAAGUCUGAGGUGGUGAGUGCAGGCCAGGAAACUCCUGUGGGAGGAGUGGCCCUGAAGGAACAGGGAACAAAACACCUUCCAAACCAUCUCUUCCCCUAGCACACGCCCUCUACCCUGGGUCUGCCCUCUUCCUCUGAAAUGUUGUCACGGAAUCUGUGGAUUUGUGGGAGCUGCCUUCUUCCAGUAAAUCAGUGCCCUCCCCUCCCUGGAAGGGCCGGGAGCAUAGGUCAGCACUGGAACUUGCCAGGUCCUGCUGUCUUCCUAAAUCCUCCUGGACAAGGGUGUAGGUCUCUGACCUUCCCAGUGGCCUAGCCCUGGAAGCUUUAGCUUUCUGGUAAUGUUAAACAAGGAUCAGAGCCCCAAGUUCACAGGAAUGGCGGGAGAAAGCUGAGGAAGCCAGCUUUGGAACAAUACCCAAAGCUCCACCUCUGACCUGACCCCUUCCCACAGGUGCCGCUGGGACAGCAAUGAACUGCAGUUUAGGUUGGGAGAGGUUCUCCAGCAUCCUGGACCGGCAGGACGGUCCCAAAGCUUCCUGUGUAACUCACAGUUGGGUACCCACCCUCUUUGGCCUGGGACCGCCAGGACUGAGUGGCCCUAUCUUCAAGAAGAAGCCGCAUCCUCAGUUAGCCUGGAAGGCUGUGUGUGCUGGAACCACUCAGUUGGACACAACUCCAGCCCUGGCUGGGGACUGGAGGGCCAAGAUAGAAGCCACCGUGCAGCAGGGAUUUGGGGAGAUUCUGGCCUGCCCUUAGCUCAUAUGAUCUUGAGGGAGCCACUGCCGUCCUCCUUCGACAGUAGAAACAAGGAGCUGGAGCUUCCUCCAUUGUGUGCCAUGCAAGGCACACUCCACAGCUUUGAAGAAACAGGUCCUGGGCUAUACACAGAAGACAUGGCUCAGGUCUCGGGACCUCAGUUCCAGUUCUGAGGUCUGCCAAAGGCUCUGGUGUAUGGGGACCACUUCCCCACUCUUAGGCUCUAACCUUGGGAACAGCAAAUUCUGCCUGGCAUAUGUAGCUGGGUAUCCACUUUUGGGUGUUUCUGGCUGGGACAGUCUCCCAGGAUACCAUCUCUGCUGUCUUCAGCUAGUUCUUUGCCUGGAGGUUUUCUCAGGUGGGAGCACCCCCUUAAAGAAAGCUGCGGCACUAGGGGGUGAAGGCCCUGGUGGUAGGCUGAGAACUUGACCUUUUCUUACCCCAGCCCCCCAACUCCUACAGUACCCCAGAAGCCACCUCAUCCUACAGGAUGCAGGAUGACCCAAGAGUCCUUUCCAAUGAGGAGUCAGAUAAGAUGCUAAAGGACUUACCCAGCUGUCCACACUACUUGGCCUAGGGUAUAAAACUGCUGGAGAUUGCCCACCAGUGCCUAUAGGUAUCAUACCCCAACUGACUCUUGGGGCCGGGCCUUCACCCCAGCCUUUGAUCACACUUCCCCCACACACACAACCCCUCACUCCCCUGCAGCCACCUUAGUCACCUUUGGGCACUUAUCCCCAGCUUUACACUCCUUGCACGCUGUAACCAAGGUGGCUCUGGUCCUGGGGUACCAUUACAACUUGCAGGAAACUUCCAGAACCAGCUUGGGUAACAACAGUCCCUGUGGCUGUAUCCCACUUGCUGUGGCUUCAGUGGUGUUAGUUAGUGGUACCCACCCCACCAAACUCUGGGGCACCCUGGGGGUUUGGGCGUGGGUUUGCAGAGGGUGCUAUCCCUAAAGACCAGCCUGGCUCCCACCCUAACCCCAGCAGGGGCCCUAGCAAUGUUUUCUUGUUGUACAAGAACCAGGUCCAAGUGUUGCCUCCUCUUCCUUCCGGAAGCUGAACUGCUCCUUUAUUUUUUAGAGCUGCUGAUUGUGAAUCUCAAAGUCUUAAGAGAGAAGCCAAAUAUAUAUUCCUCUUGUAAAUGAAUAAAUAAACCUAUUUAAAUGUU